AUGCGCCGUGUACACAGACUUAGCAUUACUAGAGGCACCGGGUCUGGAGUCUCGGAAGUCGUUAAAUCCGAACUGUCAGAUAUAUCUGAACUAAUCAUCGACAUAGGCUACAGAACCGCAACAUACAGAUUCUGCUUCUCUGUCUACUUCAAUCAAGGCAGCGAUCUAUUCAGCAUCGACUACGGAAAUAAGCAAGAUGCUAAUAUCGAUCUUCAGCACUUAUGCCACUCGAGAAUGAGCCAGCAUAUCGAACGUGUGACCUUCCCAGAUUUCAAUUACACGAUGAGAGCCAGAUUAGCAUGCUUCGUGACAGAGGUCCAUGAUGAAGAGUUGGAUGUACACCACUCUCCUGACAUUGAUGUCUGCAAGGAAUAUUUAUGA